AUGUUCCGGAAAAUCAACAAUGUGUUCCGACCCAACCAUCACGGACACAGAGCGGGGGAUGGUGGUGGUGGUGGGCUGCGGUCCGAGAGCGACUACCACAGCGCCUGCACCGUCCGGCUGGUCCGCAGCACCUCCAUGCUGGUGGUGGGGGAGAAAACUCCGGCAGCCGCGGGCUCAACUUUAAAACGCAGCAAAAGCACGGUCAGCGUCGAGUCGACCUUGCACUGCUAUCAGAGACGAGAGGACAGGAUGUGGCUUUACUCCCGGAAUCAGAACUGCCUGGAGUACCUGGAAGCGCUUGUGGCUUUGAGGCGGCGGUACACAAAGAGUGUGAGCGCCUUGAAAGGUAAGGACACCGAGGCCACGGUGUCCUCCAGGAAGAAGCCUGCGCCUCCGCCACCUAAUAAGGAAGAACCGAUAUCGAGGGCCAGGCCCUCUGCCCCUCCGGUCUCCAACGAGGAGGACACUUUGCAGUUCUUUGACGCGGUCAUCGCCAGCUGCGACAACGAGCCUCUGCGCAAACCGUACAUGGAUGAUGGACACGCAGACGUGGAUUUCAUAGUGGCCUCCAGCUCAGCUGAGCACGACCUCCACUCGAAUUGGGUCUUGCGGGUCCCUCGGGUCGCAGACGACUCCAAGCACAAAGCCGUUCGUAACUGUGCCAAUGAAAGCUUCCCAAAGAAGAAAAACCAGACCGGGUCCACAAGCAGCAGACUGCAACUUCAGAGGAACCCGAUCCACCUGCCCAAAGUGGUGGAGAGCGCAUUCCAGACUCUGCGCUUCAAGCCCAAAUUUAAAAAGCAGUGAAGAUCGAUAGAUAUUUGAAACCAGCAGCACUGCCACUCUUCUGACAUAGAGCUCAACCGACUUUGUCUGGACAGACACUAUGCUCUGCAAAAAAUCCAUCUGGACAGUUAAUGCUGACAUUAAAAAGAAUUUGAGCAUAAAUUUAAUGAAGCAAAUGAAAUUAAACUGUAGAACCAAAGAAAUAAAUUGAAUUCCUCCCGGUCCUUUUUCUAGGCAGAGAUUUGACUUGUCAUAGUAAGAAACAGUGGUGUUACUGGUAACGAUGGCUCUCUUUUAUUCGAGUGUCUCAGUGAGCCGUGACAGUGUUACAUAGAGCCAACACACACGAUAACAGGUCCCUGAAACUGAAGGGCUAAAUGGAAUCAGGCAAUCGUUAAUUUGUAUUAUUUACACCAAUGCCUUUCCUGCUGUGUCAUGUCAAAAU